AUGAAGGAGGUGUGGCUCAAUUGCCCAAAAUUCUUGAACAGCUCCGAAACGAAGCGUCUCACUGCCACAGGAAGAGGAUUACAAAAAAAAACACCUUUGGAUAUUGCUAGGAAGAGUCUCGAAGCGACGCAUGUGUUAAUGAAAAAUUUGAAAAAUCGUUUAGCAAAGGAGGCAGACAGCUCGAAGUCGCGGACUGAAUUUAAAAGACAGUUGCAGAAAUGUUCUGAAAAAGUCCAAACAAUAAUUACUACAAUAAAUGAACAGACAACAAUCGAGGGUGAAAAAGUAACCAUUGAAAAUUAUUACAAUGGAAUUUUCCCAUGGCAGUCCUCUUUUGAAAUUUCAUUUCAAUCCAAAUAUCACCUCAUCCAUGCUUGGAUGCUGCAUCAGAGAAGUCUUGAGGAAAUUGUACAAGUGAAAUUAGAAAUGGAGAAUUUUUUCAAUGGACUAAGUAAAAAAAAAAAGUUACUUUCAAAAGAUAUACUGAAGAAUGCAGCUCUCGAGAAACCUUUUUACAAAGGAAAACUGAAUAUUUUACGAAGGGAGUAUUCCAGAAUUGAUGCUCUCUUGGAGGAUGCCUCCUCUUGGUUUUAUGGCAUCAUACCUUUACCGGGGACUGAAACCCGUCAAACAAUAGACAGGAGCAAGCUUAUUGAAGACUCGUCGGAUUCGGAUACCACUUCAGAAGAUGACCGUGACACUGAUUUUGAUAUUCAGUUUUAAGGAAUUGAUCUAGCGGAAUCAAGUACGUCCGAAGAUUGCAACUAAGCUGAUAAUGUUUUUAAUGCAUUUGUCGAAUAGUUUUGUUUAAUCAAUAGCUAGUUUAAAUUCCGUGUUUCUUCGCGAAAAUAAAAACAAAUACAGCUUUGCUCCUACU